GCUCAUUUGCUCUCUAUCGCAGCUAGACAUUCUGAGCAACUGCAGAGUCGGACGCACCGACAAGGGAGGAAGGUCUGUGACUCUUGUGCUUGUCAAUGACAUUGCUGCCCCUGUAAUGUCAGCAUUGUUCCGCAGAAUGGCGGUCACAGUGCGGAAGGUGGUUGCUUGGCGCCUACUUCCAGCGCCGAUCUGCUCCGCCUCCCUUCAGCUCUCACCACCGUUGUUUCCCGCAAUCUCAUCAGCAUUCUUUUCUCAGAAGCUUGGGCCAGCAGCGCCGUCAGUUCCUUUAAACACUUCCACAUUGGCACCACCCUCAGCUGAGAUCUGGUGCAUGGGAAGCUUUCUGUCUUCAGCGCUGUGUUUCGGGUGGCCUCAGGAAAGCUCGCCGGAUUGGGCACCUCCAGCAUCGCUGCACAGCCGGGGAUUUUCAACCGACAGGCGCCCCAACCGUCAGUCUGCUCUUAGAUGUGCCACAGAGACACCAACAGUAUCCAAAGAAGUAGAUGCCCCUCAAAGUGCGCGCUCCAUUCCAGCCGGAUCGUCCCAGCUCUCCAAGAAAAGGGGAAAAGGACGAACCGAGCUUCCCGCGUGCUUGGAGGACGUUCCUGAGCUUUCCGACGACGCCUCAGUGAACAACUUUGGGCUAGAUGAUGACGAGGUCAUUGUUUCUGAGUGGAACUACAGUAGUGAUGACCCCGACAUUCGGGUGCUCGCUCGGGGCAGCAGCGAUUACAACAGCAAGAUUGAGGUGGUCGAGCUGGCGCGCACGGCAGACCACCCACUGGCGGGAGCUACGCUGCUGCUGCUGGACACGGCCAACAACAUCCACAGCGUGUAUUUUAAGCACUGCGUCUGGACCUCCAGCUAUUAUGACGACUUUGCCACCCUCCCCUGCCUCCUUCCCGCUGGACCGAUCGGACUUUACGGACUUGGGGCCGGCACGGCAGCGCACUUGCUGCAUCACGUGGCGCCUGAGAGGAGGUUGCAUGCCUGGGAGCUGGAUGCAAAGGUGGUUGCGGCUGCCCGGCGUUGGUUCGACAUAGCCCCGUUAGAGGCGAGCGGCUUCCUCACGAUUUACACCGGGGACGCCUUAACCGCGGAUUCCAUAACCGAGGGCGGUUUUGCGGGGUUGAUCGUUGACCUCUUCAGCCGGGGCGCCGUUCUGCCGGAGCUCCAGGAUGCUGCCACGUGGCGCGAUCUCGCCCGCCGGAUGCGCCCCGGCGGGCGAAUCAUGGUCAACUGCGGAAGCGCCGCAGUAGAACCAGAAGUCGACCCGCGGGUCAAGGGGAGCGUCAAUCGGAAAAACCAGCUUAAACAGCGUCGAAAACGACAACAGGUGGGAGAAACGCCGGGGGAUAGUCGGAAGUAUGGGGAGAUAGUCGUAGGGCGAGUGCUCGAGGCGAUGAGGGAGGCCUUUCCUGGAGAGAUUAACGUCAGGACGCUUGGUAAGGAUGCAGGGUGCUCAGUCAUGGCACUGACGGGAGAGCUGCCGCAGAAAGAUGAGUGGGAGCAAAACGUGUUGACGGAGCUGCGACUCGGGAUACGAACCUGGAAGCAAUACGUCGAACGGACGUAAAGAUUAUCGCUUUACAAAGAGGGCUUUUCGGAUCUCAGUGACUUUAAGAAGUGCCUUGUUGUCAUGAUUGGACACGGUCUCUAGGCCUUUGCCAAUCGAGCCUGAGUAUAGAGUUUGUCGUUUGAGUCCGGAUCCUUCUCAUCGAGGAGCUGGAACGGGAUCAAGCGAUUGUUCUGCUAGCCGCGAG